CCGCCUUUAGAGAAAGCCGACGUAUGUUGAAUUCUAAUGAUUACUCGACUGGUGGGUUUGGUGAUAAUGUGGUGUUGCGUCCUGGAGACAACUGAAUGCUGUGAAGCAUCCAUAUCCUCAGCCGAUGUGGUAGAAUAUUGUCCAGAAAAUGAAAGGGAUUGGAAUCAAGCGGCUUUAAGAAAGAACUGUUCCUCCCUAUCCCAAGACUGUAGUACCUCCUCUCUAGUCUAUCACUGCGUUCCAAAUCAUUUCCUCAAUGUCACAAUAGAGGUGUGCGCGGUACCUAAAUUCAUCGUUAACGGACGAUGUACAGAGUACAACGAAGGUGGAGGCGUCAUCCAGGCGAAUCAGAAUACAGACUGUGGUGUGUUUACAGAAAACACAUGUCCUCUGAGAUACAAGUCAACGGACACAUAUAAAUAUCGUGAUUGCUAUCAACUUGUGGUCAGGUCUACUGGCCAGUCUAGCACAGAAGAAAGGAAUCUAAUUCUUACCAGUAGCUUGAGUUAUUCAAUAUCCUCUACCACUGUACCAAUAACGACAAGUGUUAGAUUUGUCAACAACGAAAGGGAUAUACGUUUACCUCUUGCUUCGGGAAUUGUUUUCUCUUUAGUUUUGAUUGCUCUAAUCAUGAUUGCCAUAGUUUUGUGUGUUCGGCGGGGUAUGUGUCGAAAAACAUUUAAGAAACAGAGGAAUAGAUCAGAUACAGAAGAACAUUCUGAAUUGAAGAGAAGUAAUACAGACGAUGUUUGAACAAUUUAACAAACAUUGAUUAUAAAAUGAUAUAGUAACGGGAUCUUUGUUUACUGGUUUUUAUAUAUAUAUA